AUGCCUGCUUUUAACAUCGUUGUUUUUGGUGGUGACCACUGUGGUCCCGAGGUUACUGUUGAGGCUGUCAAGAUCCUUCGCGUCCUCGAGAAGCACCGUGAGAAUGUCACCUUCAACCUCCAGGACCACCUGCUUGGCGGUGCCUCCAUUGACGCCCACGGUACUCCCUUGACCGAUGAGGCUCUCAACGCUGCUAAGAACGCCGACGCCGUCCUCCUCGGUGCCAUCGGUGGCCCUAAAUGGGGUACUGGUGCCGUCCGCCCUGAACAGGGUAUCCUCCGCCUCCGCAAGGAGAUGGGCACAUUCGGUAACCUCCGUCCCUGCAACUUCGCCGCUCCCUCCCUGGCCGAUGUCUGCCGUGGUGUCGACUUUAACAUCAUCCGCGAGUUGACCGGCGGAAUCUACUUCGGCGAGCGCAAGGAAGACGACGGAUCCGGAUUCGCCAUGGACACCGAGCCCUACUCCCGUGCCGAGAUUGAGCGUAUCACUCGUCUUGCCGCUAACCUGGCUCUUCAGCACAACCCUCCUCUCCCCGUAACAAGUCUGGAUAAGGCUAACGUCCUGGCUACUAGCCGUCUGUGGCGUAAGGUUGUCACUGAGGUUAUGGCGAAUGAGUUCCCUCAGGUUUCGAUUAACCACCAGCUUAUUGACUCUGCUGCUAUGAUUAUGAUCAAGAACCCUCGUCAGCUGAACGGUAUUGUUGUUACUAGCAACCUGUUCGGUGAUAUUAUUAGUGAUGAGGCGAGUGUUAUCCCUGGUUCUUUGGGUCUUCUGCCUAGUGCCAGUUUGACUGCUGUGCCCGAUGGAAAGACCAAGGUUAACGGUAUCUACGAGCCUAUUCACGGCUCUGCUCCCGAUAUCGCCGGCCAGGGUAUCGUUAACCCCGUUGCUGCUAUCCUCUCCGUCGCUAUGAUGCUGCAGUACUCCCUCGGCAUGCUCACUGAGGCCAAGGUCAUUGAGAUGGCUGUUAGCAACGUUAUUGAGGCUGGUGUCCGCACUGGUGACAUUGGCGGUAAGGCUACCACCGCUCAGGUCGGUGAUGCUGUUGCCGCUGAGCUUGAGAAGCUGCUCCAGUAA